GGACAUCAUCACAGUGCAGUUGCUCUGUGGUCUCGUUGGAGGGCAUUAGUAGUUCUUCUGUUAGCCACUGCAUGCAUGUCAGCAUGUGCUGAUUUGGCAACAGAGCACAUCAGCCCUGUCCUGUAUGGUACUAAAGUCUCUCAGUAUUUUAUUGGGGUGACUUUGAUUGCCAUGGUACCUGAACUUCCAGAAAUAGUAAAUGGCAUCCAGUUUGCUUUGCAAAACAACAUGAGCCUAAGUAUUGAAGUUGGAAGCUCUUUAGCAGUACAAGUCUGCAUGAUCCAGAUGCCAGUUUUGGUUCUUUUCUCCGUUUUUUCUCCUGGAUUCACACUACUUUUCAGUGACCUCCAUCUGUGGUCCAGUAUUUUUAGCGUGAUUCUAGUGAAUUAUAUUUUCAUGGAUGGAAAAUGUGACUAUUUCCAAGGUACUGUAUUGGUGGUGGUCUAUUUUAUCUUAAUGGCCACAUACUACUUUGCACCAUCGCCUGCAGGGUGCUGAAGACUGAAAAUUCUUAUUGCUAAACUGUUGCUGUUGGUAACACAGCCUACUUUUCAUUAACCAUAAGGGAAGUAAAGGUAUUUUUGUUCAGCUGGUAUGCCACUGAAAAUCCUUGAUGCCGGAGAUUUUCAUUGCAAAUGUCUUCAUUUAUGGAAUAACGAUAAUUUCUUAUUUUAAGCAAUGGUUAAACUUAAUCUGCAGAACAGCAUUGAGUUACUGUAAUCUGUCUAAGGAGCAUUGUAGAAUUGACUUUGCAAUGUAUCUUCAAACAAGUUUAACUGAGAUUGUUCAGUUUUAGCAUUGUAGAAUUUACUUUGCGCAAUGUAUCUUCAAACAAGUUUAACUGAGAUUGUUCAGGUUUAGCAUUGUAGAAUUUACUUUGCAAUGUAUCUUCAAACAAGUUUAACUGAGAUUGUUCAGGUUUAUAAGACAUUCUGUACUACUCUUAAAAGGCAGCUAGUCCUGUACUUUUGUCUUUGUGUUUCAUAAAGUGGGCUUAUCUUGCUUCCAAAUUGGUUACUUAAAAUGCAGUAUUGCUUGAAGUAUUGCUUGUUUACUGGCAUUUUUGUAAAAUGCUGUUAAUUUGAGAUUUGUUUUUUGAGAAAUACAUUCCUGUAGUUCCCCGUUCAUGGGGGUAUUUAGGAAUUGCUGCUUUUGUUUGCAUUAUUAGUGGAGCAGCUAUUUAAUGUGAGGUUCAAGCUGCUUUCUCAUGCAAUUUACGUGAUUCUUCAUGAGGGAGAGAAGCAU